AUGGGAGGAAAGCAAUCGAGGAAGCUGGCAGGAAGAAAAAGUGCAGCCGAGGAGAAUGUGACAUCAUCCGACAAAAUCGGCAAACGUUCUGUGAUGCGCUUUGGUUUCACUGUGCUCAGUUUGGCCUGUCAAGGUAUGAUGGAGCCUCCUGAGGAAUUAUGGGAGCAUACAGAACUGCAAAAGCUCAAUUUAUCCCUAAACUGCAUAUCUUCUUUGCCUUCUUCAUUGGGCAACCUUCAAAAGCUGGUGGUACUUAAUUUGUGGGGUAACCAACUCACUAGUUUACCCGCUGAGAUUGGCCAGCUUAGGAACCUAAAGGUGCUUUUUGCCCAUCGGAACUACUUGACCGAGGUUCCUGAAGAACUCGGCUCCUGUAUCAAGCUUGAGGUUCUGAGUCUGGCAAAUAACCAACUCACAAGUCUCCCAGACAGCCUUUCUGCUCUUACCAAUCUGUGCAAGCUCAACCUGAGCCACAACAACAUAGUUUAUGUCCCACCAUGCGUCUACGCCUUGAAAAAGCUGGUCUUCUUGCAUUUGGCCUGCAACAGACUGGAAAACAUUGCAGAGCAGAUCCAAGUGCUGGUUGAUCUAAAGAUCUUUAUAGUGGAAGGAAAUUGUAUACACACCCUGCCCAAAAUGCUCUGCUGCCUUACCAAGCUAGAACUGCUCAAUGUGGACUACAAUGACAUUCAGAACAUUCCUGCUGAAAUGCACCAACUGAACAGGCUGGAGAAACUUGCUGCUCAUCCGCUGGAUAAAGGACUCCAUAUCCUGCACAAUCCAUUGCUGAAGCCUAUUAAAGAAGUGCUGGAUGGUGGUCUUCAGGCUCUUUAUAUCUACCUCAAGGCUAGUUGAAAUCAUGUGCAAUGAUUAAGAGAGAGCUUGGGUGCAAUUGUUGGACUGUCUUUUGA